AUUAGUAACUUAAAAACAAAGGCGAAAAAUUCUUGUACUCUUGGUCUAUAUAAGUUAAUCGUAAAGUUCUAUUGAGAAAUAUCACCAUCAGAUCGAGUUACCUAAGAAUCGUAGUUAUUGAUCUGACACCAAAGCCAAAGGCAACUUUUACGGAAAACUCAGGCUACGAUGUAUGAUAUUGAAUUCUGGAUACAACUUGUGGAUCAGCACUCAAAAGAAAAUGCCUCUUCAGAUUAUGGGCAUUGAACAAGUUAUGACAGUACACUUACCAAUUGUUGUAACUGUCUUAUCUGAUAGCGACACACAUCUCAAUCACUUUAGUCUAAAAGAUCUUGCUAUGACUCGAGAGAAAAAGAGCAAAAGUUUUUUUGCAUACAUCAUUUACUAAAUUAGUAAUACAAUAAGACAAAAACUGCUCCCCUAAACAAGGUAAAAGGAGAAUGAUAUCCGAUAAAUACUUCACACUUUCCUUUAAAUUAUAGUAGUACGUAGUUUCGGGAUCAUUUACCUCUUAUAAGCCUAUGGCUUCAAGUUAUUGGGGAGUCAACCAUGGAAAACUUGUUUUCCUAAUCAUCACAUUUUGCUUUAUUAUAGAUAGUACAUCUGCCGAAUGGUUGAAUCACGGCGGAGACAGAACAAACAGAAGGUCAGCUGUUGGGGAGGUUCUGAUCAGUCCAAGAACAAUAAACAGAUUGAAAUUAAGGUGGAAAUUCUUGGCUGGAUUUGACAUUACAGCAACUCCAGCAGUGGCCAACGGAGUAGUUUAUUUCCCUUCAUGGAAUGGGAAUUUGUAUGCAGUGAAUGCAUUAACUGGACAACUCAUAUGGCAACAGAAUCUUACAAGACUCACUGGCUUGCCUGUAACAAGGACAACUGUGAAUGUGACAGUAUCAAGAUCAACUCCAGUUGUGGCUGAUGAUCUUCUACUUGUGGGAAUUUAUGGACCUGCUGUUGUGAUUGCAGUGAGACGCUUAACAGGAACACUUGUUUGGUCCACUCUGCUAGAUCCCAGGCCUCUGGCUCUUAUCACUCAAUCAGGAACAGUUUUCUUUGGUGGAUAUUAUGUGGGAGUAUCAUCACUGGAGGAACUACUACCAGCUACACAAUGUUGUACUUUUAGAGGCAGUCUAGUAAAGCUAAAUGUUCGUACUGGUGCAAUUCAAUGGCAAACAUAUACACUCCCAGACAAUGGUGGAAGACUUGGAGGUUAUUCGGGAGCAGCAAUAUGGGGAAGCAGCCCUGCUAUUGACAUAGCCAGAGGAUUUGUCUAUGUAGGAACUGGAAAUCUAUACUUAGCUCCACCAGAGGUGCUGAGAUGUCAAGCAGCACAGAAUAAUCGAACGACGCCACCAACUAACCCUGAUCAGUGUUUUGGUGAAGAUGUUCAUUUUAAUUCCAUUCUUGCAUUUGAUGUAGAUUCUGGAGAAAUUGCUUGGGCAACACAGCUUGGAGGCUAUGACGUUUUCUAUUUCACUUGUUUAGUUCCUAAUAAUCCAGAUUGCCCACCAGGGCCUAACUUGGAUGCAGAUUUUGGAGAGGCGCCUAUGUUGCUAACUAUAUUCUCAAAUGGAAGACUACGUGAUAUUGUGGUAGCUGUGCAGAAAAGUGGCUUUGCCUGGGCUCUUGAUCGCAACACUGGACAUAUUGUUUGGGUUAAGAAAGCAGGACCGGGGAGCUUGGAGGGAGGAGGAGUAUGGGGUGCAGCCACAGAUGGGAAGCGAGUUUACACAAACACAGUCAAUGGAAAUAGAGUUCCUUUUACCUUAGCACCUUCGAAUCAAACAACAACAGCUGGUGGAUGGGUAGCAUUGGAUGCAAACACGGGCCAAAUCCUUUGGACCACUGCAGACCCUAGCAACGACACGGCCCACGGGCCAGUCACCAUAGUUAAUGGGCUUCUUUUUGCAGGGUCUGUGGCUCCUAAUGGCCCUCUCUAUGCCAUGGAUGCCAGUACUGGGAAAAUCUUGUGGACAUUUAACACUGGUGCUACAAUCUAUGGGGGUGUAUCUGUUAGCUAUGGUUGUGUUUAUGUUGGCCAUGGAUAUUCAAUUAGUCUGGCUAAGUUCCAUCCAACUUGGACCAGUGGGACUUCACUCUUUGCCUUUUGCAUUGAUGUCUAAAGAGUAAGCUGAUUCUUGUAAUAAACUAAAGUGUUUUCACUUCCUGAUAAGAGUUGUAAUACUAAUAAGUUUCCAUACCUAAAAGAUCAUGUAAGAUUGAAUCCGUA